AUGUGCACCAAAUCCCAGAAGGUGCUUUAUGCGAGCUACAUGCUACAAAGAGAAGAUGCCGCCAGAUGGAAGUCUAAGCGGAAAAUCCUUGAAAUGGAUUUGAGAAGUUUUACAGUAGUGACCUGGAAACGUUUUAAGGAGAUUGAUGAUCGCUUCUUCCCUAACACAGUGAGGUCAGAUGAGGAGGAGCUUUGCAUGAGAGGGAAGCAGCUCAAGGUCGCCUCAGAAAUUUGUGUGGGGGAUAGGGUCAAGACCACAGGCAUGUACUGGUGUGCAUAUGGGGGCCUGAGCCCUAGUAUCCAGAAGGAGCGUCCCAAUCCUUUGUGCUGCUACUUUCGCACGAAUGUGAAACUUAGUCACAGAGCCAUUACCACAGUCUAUGGUUGUGGUGUUACCAAAUGGAGAGAUGGGUACUAUCAAAGAUUUGUGGAGGCGUUUUCUAGAUUGUCUGGACCACUCACGGCUUUGACUAAGAGGAAUUCUAAGUUUGUCUAUAUUGAUAAGUGUGAAGGAAGCUUCCAAGAAUUGAAGAAGAGGUUGAUCUCAACACCUGUGUUGGUACUUCCAGAGUCGCGCAAGUCGUUUGUGGUUUUCUGCGAUGCUUUCAAAUUUGGGUUAGGGUGUGUUCCAAUGCAGGAGGGGCAAGUUGUAGGUUAUGUGUCCCGCCAACUGAAGGAUCAUGAAAAGAAGUAUCCCACUGAUGACGUGGAGCUUGUAGUAGUGGUUUUUGCUCUAAAAAUCUAG